AUGCUCGCAUCGGCUGGUCUACCGCUGAAGAAGUGGGCUUCCAACGUUCCUGAAGCUUUGGCUGACAUCCCGCCUGAAGAUCUGGCGAUCAAACCUUUCCAUGAUCUGCAAGAUGACCAGUCAGUAUCCACGCUUGGCCUUGUAUGGGAUACGAAGACGGAUAUGCUCCGCUUCAACGUCGAUCUUCCGCUACCAGCACCGAUUCUUACGAAAAGAAAGGUAAUCUCGUACAUUGCCAAGAUUUUCGAUCCGUUAGGCCUCGUUGGACCCACUAUAGCCACUGCCAAAUUGUUCAUGCAGCGACUUUGGAAACUAAAGAACGAAGACAACGCACCCUACGAAUGGGACCGCCCGAUCCCGCAGAAGCUACAGGAUGAGUGGAAGCAAUUCCAUGCUACGCUUCCCAUCCUGGCUGACAUCAGAAUUCCACGCUUCGUAUCUUUGGCCGCCGUUUCCAAGGUUGAGUUGCACUUCUUUUGCGAUGCAUCAGACGCUGCCUACGGAGCAUGCUGCUUCAUCCGCUCGUUGAACAACGACCAAGUAAAGGUUCAAUUGCUGACAUCGGAGUCAAAGGUGGCACCCCUUGCCACGAAACACACUAUCGCAAGACUUGAGUUGUGUGCAGCCGUUCUUUCCGCGAAGCUGUAUCAGAAGGUUGAACACGCAAUCAAGUUAUCUACCGAUGUCUACUUCUGGACAGACUCAACCACAGUCAUUCAAUGGUUGCAGUCACCGCCGAAUCGUUGGAAAACAUUCGUUGCGAAUCGUGUUUCCACCAUCCAAUCCAACACUGAAAUUGCCGCUUGGAGACAUGUCCCAGGAGUAGAAAACCCAGCCGACGAACUAUCUCGAGGAUUGCAGCCCGCAGACUUAGUCAAUCAGUCCAGAUGGUGGAACGGACCGAAGUGGUUGUGGGAAUUUCCUGCGCACUGGCCUGUCUCGAAUGUUCCAGAAGAAGAGUACAUUACCGUCAUCGAAGAAGCUCGGAAGGUAACUUUGAUAUCGCUCAAUGCUGACGAACAGUUUGCAAAUCAGCUAUUCGCUCGUUUCUCUAACUACACAACUCUUCGCCGUGUAGUAGCGUACUGCAUGAAGUAUAUCAAGGCAUUGCAAGCCACACUGAUCUCGUAG